UUUUUAUAGGUGAACUUUAUGUUGACUAAUAGUCUUGCUGCUCGCCGAAGAAGGAGCGAUGAUCCGAAUCAAAGACAGAAUCAGCAUUACUCCACCAGGAUCUCCAAUCCCUUAAAUCAGGUCUAUGUGGAUUUAGCUCUGGCCUCUGGAGGACUGGCGAUUGAAGUCACCAAAGCAACACUUCCUCUAGCCACCAACAUUAUAGCGGAUGCCUCCACAUCUGCUCUAGUAACUGUUUUCCAAACUGUAAGGAACCCAGGAAGAGCAGAAACCUUCUCUUUCAUUGUGGACUCCUCAAUGAAAAAUAUGACAAUCUAUAUUACAGGCAAUUCUCUAGCAUUCAACAUCACAAGCCCAUUAGGGGAUUCUCAGACCAAUGAAGAAUUAAGUGGAAAACUGGGGUUGGUUGAGCAUGUGGGCAACUUUUACACAGUUCAUCUGUCUAUCCUUGAUCCAGUGGGCCUUUGGAACAUUAACAUCAGCUCAUUACAGGCCUACACCAUCAAAGUCCUUGGUCAAAGUGACAUUGACUUCCUGUUCAACUUUGUGGAGCUAAGCGAAGGUGCUCAUUCGGGCUACAGUGAAUUAAGCAGCAGACCCCCAGCAAACGGAAACGCCACACUACUGCUUACCGUCAUGGGUGGAGACACUGUUACCCCCACAGAGGUGGCUCUCGUGGAAGCAUCAGGAUCCCAGACUAUUAUUGGAACCCUAGAAAAGGUUGCAGAUGGGGAUUUCUUAGUCACAAUGAACAGGGUCCCAGCAGGAGAAUUUGUUGUCCGUGUGAUGGGAGAGAGGAAUUCUUUACGUUCAUCAAAUGGUCGCUUUCAGAGACAGUCCAUCACACAACACAGGACUUCCAGUGUGAUUAUUACUGCUUUGACAGAUGAUGUAUGGGAGCCUGGGAAGACAUUGAGCAUCCCUUUUACAGUGGUGUACAAUGGAUCUGAUGAGCUCUUCAACAUUAAUGCUAGGAAUGACCGUGGGUUUGCCACAGUAUUUCCCAGCACCAUGACUGCUGGAAGUGGAAGCAGUGGAAAUAGCACAAUAAAUCUCACUGCACCCUCAGACACUCCUUCAGGCACUGAAGUGACUCUCACCAUUGAGGCCGAAACAUCAGGCAAAAGUGAUUUCAACUAUGCUGUGCUUAAGCUUACAGUCGUUUCUCCGAUUACGGACUUCACCUCUCCAGUCUGUGAGAUUAUUAGCGUAAAUGCUAACUGCUCAGGCAACUGUAGCCUGUCCUCAUGGGAGCUCUCAGCCAACCUAACCGACGGAAAUGGGACGGGUAUCAUCUCUGUGACUCUGCGUCAGGGCCUUGGAACCCUCAACACUACCACCAUAAUCAGGGAUGGAGGUGUGAACGUCACCCUUGCAUUCUACAGCGCCUCUUGUUGUUCUGAAAUAAUGGAACUGGUUGCUGUAGACAGAGCUGGAAAUGUUGGCAUAUGCUCAAGAUCAGUAACACCUGCUGUUACCACCUCCAUGUCUACCACUUCUACAACAAAAAGCAUGACUACAGCGACAACAACAACUAUAGCUACGACAACAGUAAUGGCAAAAACAACUAAUGCCACAACUAACAGUGCUGGAUGCCCUUUUUAUCCACCUAUCAGUUUUUGGGUUAGUGUGGGAGCCAUUUUGCUUUUCCAUCUAACUGUUUUAUUCUAGUUGACUUUAUACUAACAUUCUAUCACCCCUGCCAAACAGGCAGAGUCUGUGAUUUGACUUUUGCAGUUGAUUGAUGCAUUGAUUAAUAAAAGUUUAUAAAUACUUGAUGA